GUUGGAAUUAAAAUCCCCUUGCUUGUGACGAGCGAGAGCGAGUGUCUUGGAAGGAGUUCGAAAAAGAAAAAUUUUUGUCACAUGCCGUACUGAAGAUCCGCGGUCGUGAAGCAUGGCCAACAAAAAGAAGAAAUACAACGCCAGGUUCCCGCCCGCGAGAAUCAAGAAAAUAAUGCAAAAAGAUGAAGAAGUCGGCAAAGUAGCUGCGCCAGUACCUGUUAUCAUCUCACGAGCUCUCGAGCUCUUCGUAGAGUCCCUUGUAACGCGCGCCAGUGAAAUCACAAGGUCGAGAAGUGCCAAGACACUCUCCACGUCUCAUUUGAAGGCGUGCAUUCUGGCAGACGAGCGUCUGUGCUUCUUGAAGGAGUUGGUCUCCUCAGUUCCCGACGUCCAGGGCGACGAGGAGCCCUACGAGGUACCCCCUGUGCGGCCUAAACUUACAGGUGUCCGGAAGCUUCGUGCCAAGAAUGGUAGCAUCGAUGUCGCCGGGCCCAGCCACUCCACCGCAGAAGAGACGGACAGUGCGGAAGAUGAGGAGGACGACUACUUGGAAGAGGAGACAGAUGACGGGAGCAGCGAGAACACAGCCGAGGCUGUGUAUCCGUCACUCUAUCCAGGUGUUCGGAAAACUGCUUAUCUCCAGCCCCCAACAUUUCCACCUAAUAUCCCACACCUGCCUCAGUACCCUGGAAACCUCAUGGCUGGUUCAGCAACGAAGAGCAUGGCCAGCUCAAUGGCAAACAUCAUGGCCAGUUCAUCAGCAGUGGCAACAGCGGCGACGGCUGUAAAUCCAGACGAUGACUAUGAUUCUUGAGGACUUAACAGGACUUCAAGCACACAUACAAAAAAAAAAAAAGCGGAUGUGAUAUGCAACCAACCUCAUUCGCCAAGCCUGGGGUGACUGAAGCGCUUCAUGUGGCAUUCGACGCUCGAGUCGCCAGCUGAUGACUUUUGACCAGUAUAAGUGGAGUGAUGCCAAUGUAGAACUUCAUAGUGUCAUUGGGCAGCCUACCUGUCCGCCAAUUUUAAGUCAAGUCGUGGGUAUUUGUGCUUGCAGUGCCAAUUUUAAGCAUUAAGGAGACAGAAAGUCAAGCCAAGGCACACAGAAAAGUGCAAAAAGCAUGUGAAAGUGCAGUACCCAGUGUUCCCGGUGCAUCGUUCUCGCCGAUUCAUGCAAAGCCCGCUGGAGACCUGGUGUUACACCAUUGCUACUUUGGUGCAGCACCAGUGUUGCCCCGUGGUUGCCUCCUGGUCGGCAGCGAGACUUGCGAGAGUAGUGACUCAAGUGUUUGGCAACACAAAGCCUGGAUUGUUCAAAUGCGUCGGUGUUUUGCUGGACUGCCAUCUCAUCGCCGGGACUCUGCACCGAAGCUGUACGAAGCCUUCAGUUGCACCUAGUGAGCACACCACAUGCUCCGCAUAAAACAUGCCCUGACUGUUCCCGGCCUCAUUUUCCCUAUUUCUCCUUCGCAUUGCCCUUCCUCCAAAAGUGUUCAUUCAUUUGUGUCACCCACGUCAUUUUCGUCACUUAGUGAUGUCCCAGACGAUGCACGUCCGCGUCUGCCACUGAAGCAUCCCUCGAGGUUGUGUUGUACAUAGGCGGCCCCCUUCCUUCCACAUUGUCUGUCAGGUGUGACGUAGUAACUUAAAUUGAACAUAAAAAAAUGCUAAUAAAUUUGAUUUUUUUAGA